AUGGAACUUGAGGAAAUAAAUGUGAAGAAUCUUGCAGGCAUUCUGGAUAUCAAGUCAGAAUCCUUUACAGAUAUACUAGGGUCAGUUUGUGAUAUUUUUAAGGAACCAUUUCAAAAAUAUAAGUUAGAACAGAAUCAUCAUAUAAUGAAAGACUGUAAAGAAUUUAUUCAGAAUGAGGAAUCGAAAAUUAAUAUGGAUGAGAUUUUGGGUAAUAUUAAUUAUGAAGAAUGGUUGUAUAAAUUCGAGAAAUUACAAGAUUUAACAAAAUGGAUGUUAGAAUUAAU